AUGGUAGUAGAAUUUGCAUCCCCUAGUUGGGCUUCAACCAUAGCCACAUGCCUUGCAACCUUCGCCGUCCUCCUUCUCUUCUUCAGCCACUGUCUCCGCCGCCGGAGAUAUAAUCUGCCGCCAGGCCCAAAACCAUGGCCCAUCAUAGGAAACUUUAACCUCAUUGGGCCUCUCCCUCACCGGUCCCUUCAUACUCUUAGCCAAAAGUAUGGCCUACUCAUGCAUGUCAGGUUGGGCUCCAAGCAUGUAGUGGUGGGCUCUUCCGUUGACAUGGCAAAAGCCUUCCUCAAAACCCACGACGGCACGGUGGCGGACAGGCCCAGAUUCGCCGUCGGAAAGUACACAACCUACAACUAUUCAGACAUAGCAUUUUCCCCUUAUGGGCCAUACUGGCGACAGGUACGAAGGAUGUGCAAAAUGGAACUUUUCAGUGCAAAAAGACUUGAUUCCUUUGAAUAUAUAAGAAGAGAAGAGGUACGUGCAUUGAUGAAUGAACUGUUCAACAAUGCAAAGAGAAUCAUCACGUUGAAAGACUAUCUCUUCAUUCAGGGAAUGAAUGUCAUAAGCCGCAUGCUGUUGGGGAAAAAGUACAUGGACAAGAGCCAUGACAGCAUCGUUUCCCCUAAGGAGUUCAGCCAUAUUAUGGAUGAGAUAUUGUUGCUGAAUGGGGUUCUCAACAUUGGGGACUACAUCCCUUGGAUUAACUUCUUGGACUUGCAGGGUUAUAUAAAGAGGAUGAAGGCUGUGAGCAAGAAGUUUGAUGUGUUUAUGGAGCAUGUGUUGGACGAACACAUUGAGAGAAUGAAAGGGAUUAAGGAUUAUAUUGCUAGAGACAUGGUGGAUGUGCUUUUGCAGCUUGUAGAGGAUCCUAAUCUCGAGGUUAAGCUUGAGAGGCAUGGAGUCAAAGCUUUAAGUCUGGACCUAAUAGCGGGUGGGACAGAGAGCUCUGCUGUAACUGUAAAAUGGGCAAUCUCUGAGCUCUUGGGAAAGCCAGAGAUAUUCUUGAGGGCUACAGAGGAGCUAGACAAAGUGAUACGGAGAGAUAGAUGGGUUGAAGAGAAGGACAUUGUCAAUUUACCCUAUAUUAAUGCAAUUGCUAAGGAAGCAAUGAGGCUGCACCCUGUGGCACCAAUGUUAGCGCAAAGACUAGCCUGUGAGGACUGCAAUGUUGAUGGGUAUGAUAUCCCCAAAGGGACUCAUGUGAUUGUCAAUUUUUGGACUAUAGGAAGAGAUCCUGAAAUUUGGGAGAAUCCAAAUGAAUUCCAACCAGAGAGGUUUAUAGGAAAGGAGAUAGAUGUGAAAGGUCAUGACUAUGAGUUGUUGCCAUUUGGUGCUGGUAGAAGGAUGUGCCCUGGUUACCCUCUUGGCCUUAAGAUUAUUCAAGCAUGUUUGGCCAACAUGUUGCAUGGCUUUAACUGGAGACUACCUCAUAACACGAGGAAGGAGGACUUGAAUAUGGAAGAGAUAUUUGGCUUGUCUACACACAGGAAACUACCUUUGGAAGUAGUUGUUGAGCCUAGACUUCCACGUCAUCUUUAUUCCCUCUAA